AGAGAAGACAAACCAGGAGGAGCUGAGGAGCCAUCUAUAAAGGGCCCUGGUGAAUGGACCAUGAAGACCUUCUCUUUAGGUCCCAUUGUUCUCCUGGCCGUCUUCCUCAGCGUCCAGCUUGGUGUUGCCACGUGUGAGAGUGAAAUGCCCACGCCCUGCUGUUCCUAUUUCAGCCACUACGUGAUCCCGUGGCACUGGCUGUACAGCUACCAGAUCACCGACAGCUCCUGCCCCAAUGAGGGCGUCAUAUUCACCACAAAAAGUGGUAGGCGAUACUGUGUCCAGCCAGGGGACAAGUGGGUGCAGAGAUACAUUGCCAUGUUGAACGCCAAGAAGCAUUGGUGACCCCGCCGAAUUUUCGGCCCGAGGACCAUUCAAUGCAGCUCUCGGCUCCUUUGCGCUCAUGGAACCUGGUGCAUUGCUUUAAAGACUUCGCAGCCCUGCUGGAAGGAGAGCGUGGUUUUCAUUGCAGAUUUUUAAAUAAAGAUUUGAUUUCAAUAGGUCUA